UAAAAACUGCAAUUUUACCAGCGAAGAGAGAGGAGAGCUUCUUCCUCUCCAAAUUCGUUUUCCUAGCAAUAGCAUCAGUAGUUUACCUUCUUCUCAGUCCAAGAGAGUUCCUUCUUUACAGGAAAUCAUAACAAUCUGAUCAAAAAAAUGGAAAGCAAAAGCCGCAUUCCACCUCCUCAUUUAAGACGUCCUAUACCAGGUCCUGGCUUGGUGCACACUGAGUCAUUUGUGUCAGGAAUACGUCGGCCACCAGGUUCCUUUUCUCCUGUAGAUAUGUUGCCUCCCCCACCAGAAGUUAUGGAGCAAAAGCUUGCUGCACAGCAUGUGGAGAUGCAAAGACUUGCUACAGAGAACCAGAGGCUUGCUAAUACUCAUGGGGCAUUGAGACAGGAACUUGCUGCUGCUCAACAUGAGUUGCAGAUUUUACAUGCUCAAGUUGGAGCUGUGAAGUCUGAGAGAGAACAGCAGAUGAGGAGCCUUCUGGAUAGGAUUGCUAAGAUGGAGGCUGAUAUCCAAGCGGCAGAACCUCUUAAGUUGGAAUUGCAGAAGGCUCGAGCUGAUGCUCAGAAGUUAAUUGUAGCAAGGCAGGAACUUUUUGCUAAAGUACAACAGUUGACUCAGGAUCUUCAAAGGGCACAUGCUGAUGUGCAACAGCUUCCUGCUCUGAUGUCUGAACUUGAGGGCCUUAGGCAGGAGUACCAUCAUUGCAGGAUCACUUUCGAUUACGAGAAGAGAUUAUUUGAUGAUCACCUUCAGCAGCUUCAGGUGAUGGAGAAGAAUUAUGUUACCAUGGCCACUGAAGUCGAAAAACUACGAGCUGAGCUUUCGAAUGCAUCUAAUGUUGAAGGAAGAGCUGUAGGACCACAAGGUGGCCCCAGUGUAAAUGCUGGAAGUGAGGUUACUGGAAAUUCUUCCGCGCAAACUGCACAUGGAGAUGGUUACGGUGUUCCUCAGGCUGGCGGACCUCCUCCGCCAAAUGCGGCUGGUAAUGCUGGGGUUAAUCCUCCCACCGCUCCCAUUCCGCCCGCUGGAAUUCCCGCAUAUCCUGGAGCUCCAUCUAGGCCUGCUCCUCCGAGGCCCAACUAUGAUGCAACUGCGGCUGGUUAUGGCGCCCACAGGUUACCCAGUUAUGAUCCAUACCGAGGCCCCAUUUAUGAUCCACAGAAAGGUGGCCUCGGUUAUGAUGCACAGAGAGGAGCUGGUUUCGAUAUGCAGAGAGGAAAUUACAAUAAUGUGUACAAGGCACCGGGUCAUGAGGUGCCGAGUGGACCUUCUUAUGAUGCAUCCAAGGGUCCACCAUAUGAUGUACAAUCCCGAGGUGCUGCUGGACAGCAGCAUGGGCCCGUCCCUCCGGUGAACAAUGUGCCCCAUGCAUCCUCAACCCCGCCUCCUCGCCCUGGGGGUGCUUCUGAUGCACCACCUCGAGGUGGAAACCCAGCUUGGAAAUAGGCUCAUAACAUUGCAACCUGGUGGUGGGCUUGUUCGACAUUCUCAGUGACAGUAUCAAAAUCUGUGCAGCCUCUUGCCUGGAAUAUGGAUCUCCUUCCUAGAGCAUCGGGGCAAUGAAAUGGGCACUACUUUAGGGAUUCGAUUUGGUUCCCAUCGUGAUGGAGGAUGUAUUCCUGGACAUGGGACGAGGGGUUCUUUUGUGAAAAACCAUUGUCACCGAUCCGACUCGCAUUUCAAAGGGGAAAAGAAAAUACAAAGACCCCGAUUUUGUUUCGCUUACGUUCUUUGGAGCUCCUUCAUAGAUGUUUGUACAAGCGAAGAGGAUAGCUUCUCUCAUUGAUUCGCCGUGUUGAUUGAGCCGAGCCCUUCAUCGCGCGAGGGUUGGGAGUUUAGUCAUUCUUCCUCACAAGCUGAUGACAGUGAUCAUUAGGCCUUUCGAGAACAUUGCAUCCAAUGUAUGUUGGGUUUCAAAUUGGGUUGCUGUUCAUGCAAUCAUCAUUAGCGGGC